AGCCGGCCGUCUAGUCGCAGUUAUCUCUAUGUGAUGAAAAGGGGUUAUCUCUCAUGGGUCACUUAGAUCUGAUAUACAAACCGGGAUUUAAGGAGUUCGAGCCCGCUCACGGCCUCAGUGACCGUUGUGCCAGUUACCUGACAGUGUCCGCUAAUUUAUUUGUUUUCAUACGGUUUGUUUACUAUAUGAAAGCCCUUGAGAUGAUUUUUAUCAUGGAUUGUUAUACCAAGUUGGCGAUAGUCGGCGGACUCAUAUUAUCAACCGUCUCCCUCCUAUGGCCGACCAUUUUGUCCACUCUUAUGUACAAGGAGUUGAAGUUGUCGCCCGGUUCGAAAAGUUUCCAGCACUGGGAGGAAACCCCGGUCCCGAUGUACAUAGACAUUUAUUUUCACAACUGGACCAACCCGGAAAAGAUCCUGACGGAAAAGCCGAUGUUCAUGGAAAUGGGGCCGUACAGAUUUUAUGAAAAAAGGACGAAAGUGAACCUGACGUGGAAUGAAAACGGCACCGUGAGCUAUCGGCAAACCCGCCACUGGUUUUUCGACGCCGAACAUUCCAACGGAUCCCUCCAGGACAACGUCACAACAGUCAACAUGAUACCAGUCGUGAUGGCUCACAAGGUCCGUUUCUCCAGCAUCCGAGAACAGAAAGCCCUGUCCUGGGGCUUCACCCACCUCAGCUACGAGGUGGACAUCGUGAAGACGGUAGAGGAGCUACUUUUCAAAGGAUACAGCGAUAGCUUUCUCACAAUACUCAAAUUCCUGCCCAAGUACUCGAGGGAGGUGACAGACAAAUUCGGCUGGUUUUAUCAGAGAAACGGCUCUUCGACUGCCGAUGGCCUCUUUAACAUGGACACCGGUUCGACAAACCUCGACCAAGUUGGAAAGAUCCGUUCGUGGAAUUACAAAAACCACACGGGCUACUUCCAGGGGAAGUGCGGCGAGGUGUCCGGCGGCUCUGGAGAGGUCUUCCCACCCAGGCUGUCACCCAAAGACCGAGUCAGCCUGUUCAGCGCCGAUCUUUGCAGGACUAUUAAUUUGGAUUACGAGGAAGAUCAAGAACUGGACGGGAUCAAAGGGCUCAAGUUUUCCGGAGGUACUGACCUCGUCGACUCAGGCAUCGUAGACCCGGAGACGUCCUGCUACCAGAACGGGGAUCCAACGCCCCUGGGAGUCCUCAACCUUACGGAAUGUCGGCUAGGUGCUCCGAUUUUCAUAUCAUAUCCGCAUUUUUAUCAUGCGGACCCUAAAGUGCAGAACCACGUCGGAGGGAUGAAGCCGAACAAGGAUCUCCACAGUUUCGACAUAACCGUUGAACCGACUCUGGGAGUCCCGAUCGACAUCAAGGCGAGAUUUCAGGUCAACAUCCUUCUACCGCAGCUGGAAUCAUUUCUAUUGUUCAGAGACAUUCCGGAAAAAUACUACAUGCCCAUUUUGUGGUUUGACCAGAGAGCGAGCCUUUCAGCACCGCUUAGCAACGAGGUGAAGCUCAUGGUGGAGCUUUACCACGUAAGCAAUUCCAUCGCUUUGGGCCUUUUCGUCAUCGGUCUCGUCCUGGCGGCAGGGGGUGUCACCUGGGCGUGCAGAUCCCUUAACAAGGCCCCGUCCAACAAAUUCCUGCGUUACACCGCGGCUUACUCACUGACGACGACGAACCCGAAAAACGAUCUGAUUGUAGUCACAACGGUGAAACCGUAAAUAGACUUUUUUCAAAGACCGAUCUCACCUACCAAAACCGACUACUUUCUAUUGUAUUAUAAUUUUGUAUAAAUAUUUUUGUAAUUAUAUUAGUAUUGAUAAAGUUUUAAAUUAG